AUGUCCGACUUCUCCGACGACGACUUCGACGCCGCCCCGACGCCCGCGCCCGUCGCCGACGCCGCCGUCGUCUGCCCGUGCGCGCCCUCGGGCGACGUCGCGACGCACAUCUGGCGGAUCGACGUCCCCGGCGCGACGGUCCACGCGCAGGUCAUCCGCAUGGUGGAUCAGCUCGUGGUCUGGGUGGGAGCCGCGCCGCCGGGCAUCGCGCCAACGCACGGCGACGUCGCCAUGGCGCUGCCCGGUCGUCCCGGGUCGUCCGGCGUGCCUCCGGCGACGACGCUGUUGGGCGGCGGCGCGAUCGGGGCGCGAUCGGAGCGCGCCGUCAAGGACAGCGCCGGGAUGGUGGACGGCGCAUCCGAGCCGAUGGCGAGGAGGCUCGCGCGACGCACGGGGAUGUGCGUGGUGUGCUCGGUGAACGUUCCGCUGGAGCUGGCGGACCUGGCGCUCUUUGCGGAGCGUCAGGUGGUGGCGAAGUGCGGGGAGCUCGGGCUGUUUGAAACUACGUAG